AUGUCUAUACCAGCAAAUCAAAGUCCGACAUUCACGAAAGACAAGAAAACACAGGAAAAUACCCCAUUAUAUUUGGCAAAUUCAACAUCUAAACUUCCCAAUGUUUCAUACCAUUACAACCCACAAGUGAGCCAAUAUCAUUUUGGACCUCAUCACCCGAUGAAGCCGUUCCGGUUGAUGCUUACAGACCAUUUGGUUAUAUCAUAUAAAUUGUAUGAACAGAUGGACCUCUAUACUCCCCGCCGGGCUACGAAAGAGGAAUUAUUGGAAUUUCAUGCAGAGGAUUACAUAGAUUUUUUACAGACGAUAACGCCGGAGAAGACAUUAAAGAUGAGCGACCAAAAGCUAGCGCAGUUUAAUAUAGGGGAUGAUUGCCCGGUUUUUGAUGGGAUAUACGAUUACUCAUCGAUAUACGCGGGAGCGUCUUUAGAUGCGCUGAGGAAAUUGAUCAGUGGGAUGUCAGAUAUAGCAAUAAACUGGUCCGGAGGGUUACAUCACGCGAAGAAGUUCGAGCCUAGUGGAUUUUGUUAUGUAAAUGAUAUUGUUUUGAGUAUUAUUAAUUUAUUGCGAGUGCACCCGAGGGUAAUGUACAUUGAUAUUGAUUUGCAUCAUGGUGACGGGGUUCAAGAAGCAUUCUACGUGACUGACAGAGUGAUGACAGUUUCGUUCCACAAAUAUAAUGGUGAAUUUUUCCCGGGUACCGGUUCUGUUGACGAAACAGGGCUUGGAAAAGGGAAGAAUUAUGCAGUGAAUGUUCCUUUAAAAGAUGGAAUAGAUGACGAUUCAUAUAUAAGGUUAUUUAAGCUGAUUAUGGAACCUUUGAUAACGAAAUUUCAACCAACAUGCAUAGUACAACAGUGUGGAGCCGAUUCCUUGGGAUACGACCGAUUGGGAUGCUUUAAUUUGAAUAUUAGGGCGCAUGGUGAAUGUGUUAAAUACAUAAAGUCUUUUGGAAUUCCUAUGCUUGUUUUAGGGGGUGGUGGAUACACUCCUAGAAAUGUCUCAAGAUUAUGGUGUUAUGAGACGUCUGUAUUGAAUGAUGUGACCUUAGAUCAUACCAUUCCGAAUUAUCUACCAACGCAUGAUUGGUUUGGACCGGAUUACUCUUUGCAUCCUCAAUUAGAUGGUAGGAUAGAUAAUAAAAACUCCAAGAAAUACUUGGAGAGCGUGAAGCAAGAGGUUUUAGAGCAAUUGAGAUAUCUAACAUAUGCUCCAUCAGUUCAAAUGCAAGAAAUCCCUCCUGACAUAACGGGUCUUACCGAAGAGGAAGAAGACAUAAUAAAGGAAUUGAAUUCCAUGAACGACGAUAAGGAUGUAAGAAUCAUGAAAAAUAUAAAGGAUGAAGCCAGAAGUAGCGAAAUGGUUAACUAA